AUGGGCUCCUGUUCCCACUGUUCUCGCUGCCCAGAGACCCCCCCACCUUCCUCUGGGCAGGUCUUCCUCGUCCUCGGAGGACCACCUUCAGAUGAAGACAUGGGGCUCCCAGGCAAGGCCAUGGCCCCCCUGCGGCUCCUGUGGAUGUGGCUGCUGGUCGCGGGGAUUCAAGGUGUGAAAGACGGUGACAUGCGGCUGGCUGACGGGGACACCGCCAACGAGGGCCGCGUGGAGAUCUACUACAGCGGCCAGUGGGGGACGGUGUGUGACAACCUGUGGGACCUGACAGAUGCCAGCGUUGUCUGCCGAGCCCUGGGCUUCAAGAAUGCCACCGAGGCUCUAGGCAGAGCCACCUUCGGGCCAGGAAGGGGCCCUGUCAUGCUGGACGAGGUGCAGUGCACAGGGACAGAGCCCUCGCUGGCCAACUGCACAUCCCUGGGCUGGAUGAAGAGCAACUGCAGACAUGACAAGGACGCCGGCGUGAUCUGCACCAACGAAACCAGAGGCAUCCACACCUUCGACCUGUCCAGCGAGCUCCCCGCAGCUCUAGAGCAGAUCUUUGAGAGCCAAAAGGGCUGUGACCUGUUCAUCAGGGUGAAGACGAAGGAGGAGGAUGAGCUGGGCAUCUGUGCCCACAAGCUGAUCCUGUCCACCAACCCCGAGGCACACGGCCUGUGGAAGGAGCCGAGCAGCAGGGUCACCAUGGAGGUGGAUACCGAGUGUGUGCCUGUCGUCAGAGACUUUAUCAAGUACCUCUACUCCCGGAGGAUCGACGUCUCUCUGUCGUCAGUGAAAUGCUUGCACAAGCUCGCCUCUGCCUCCGGGGCCAAGCGGCUGCAGAGCUACUGCGGGCACCUCUUUGCCAUCCUCCUCCCCCAGGACCCCUCUUUCCGGACGGCCCUGGACCUCUAUGCCUAUGCCCUGGCCACCCGGGACCCCGUGCUGGAGAAGAUCUGCGUGCAGUUCCUGGCCUGGAACUUCGGGGCCCUGACGCAGGCCGAGGCCUGGCCGAGCGUCCCCACGGCCGUGCUCCAAGACCUGCUCUCCAGGAGCGAGCUGGUCACUCCCAGCGAGCUGGCCGUGCUGCUGGCCUUGGAUGAAUGGAGCCGGGAGAGGCGCAUGUCCCGCGGGGAGGUGGAGGGCUUGGUGGAGAGGGUGCGGUUCCCCAUGAUACCGCCCAGGGACCUAUUCACGCUGCAGUUUAACCUGUCCCUGUACUGGAGUCACGAGGCGCUCUUCCAGAAGAAGAUGCUGCAGGCCCUGGAGUUCCACACCGUGCCCUUCGAGCUGCUGGCUCAGUACAGGGGCCUGAACCUCACCGAGGACACCUACCAGCCCCGGCUUUACACCUCGCCCACGUGGAGCGCCUCCGUGAUGGGUUCCAGUUACAACCCCUACCGGUCCUUCCAGACGCCCCAGCACCCCAGCUUCCUCUUCCAGGCCAGCUCAGUCUCCUGGUCUUUAGUCUACCUCCCCACCAUCCAGAGCUGCUGGAACUAUGGGUUCUCGUGCUCCUCUGACGACCCCCCACUCCUGGCCCUCUCCAAGUCUAGCUACUCCAGUCCCACCAUCGGUUAUGAAAACAAGGCCCUGAUGCUCUGUGGGAGAAACUUCGUGGCGGACGUCACCAACUUCGAGGGCUGGAAGGCCCUGAUCCCCAGCGCCCUGGGCACCAACAGCUCCAGGAGUGCUUCCUUCUUCCCCUGCCCGGCAGGGUCCUUCAGCACCUUCCAAGUUGUCAUCCGUCCCUUCUACCUGACCAACUCCACAGGUGUGGACUAG